AUGCAGUGCAAGAUCUUGAGACUGGGCAAGUCGCUGUACCUGGAAGGCGACGACCGACACGGCGACUCGACUGGUUGGAUCUCUCUGUGGUAUAUUCGAUCAUCGGGUGUGGGAGCGUUCGCUGGAAGUGUCGCGUCGGCUGCUGCGAUUGACGCUACGACGUUCAAUUGGGUGCUCAAGCUCUUUCUGGACGUCGGUGCGCCCCACCGAGUACUGCUCAGCUACUACGAACAGCUUUAUCGUGAGCAACCGGAACGCCUUUACCGGGAAGGCUGGACGCUGCACUUGCUACAGGAAGGACCAAAACGCAGAGUUCGCGGCUGGCGGCCGGGGUAG